AUGGAUGCGCGUGCAUCAAGAAAUAUUCAACAUGGAUGCGGUAAGUUGAGCAUGAUUAUAGACAGAAAUGAGCCAAUUCACUUGUGUAAGGGGAUUAAUAGGGAUCAAAACAGUCUUGAUAGCACACUGGUGAUGAGUGCAACUUUCCUUGAUGAUAUUCAUUCGGAUUGUGUGAGCAUGUCGUUUUCUUCUUCUUCAAGCGUGCAUCAAGAAAUAUUCAACAUGGAUGCGAAUCAAGGAAUUCUGAUUGCCGUUGGUGCUGUGAUUGUCACUUUAAUUAUUUACAGCAUUCUUAUUACACCUGGAAAGAAAUCCUCUCCAGUUGCGUUAGAUCCAACCAAGAAAAUCCCCUUUAAAAUGAUUGAAAAGGAGAAUAUUAGCCAUGACACCAGACGCUUCAGAUUCGCUCUGCAAAGUCCAGAUCAUAUCUUGGGAUUGCCGAUAGGUCAGCAUAUGUAUCUCAGUGCUGUUAUCGAUGGCGCUUUGGUAGUUCGUCCUUAUACCCCAGUAUCUUCUGAUGAUGACGUUGGCUAUUUUGAUCUGGUUAUUAAGAUCUACUUCAAAAAUGUACACCCAAAAUUCCCUGAUGGAGGUAAAAUGUCACAAUAUUUAGAAUCGAUGAAAAUUGGUGACACAAUUGAUGUACGCGGACCAAGUGGAAAAGUAACAUAUUUGGGUCGAGGCAAAUUAAGCAUCAAAGAAAGUCCUAAAAAAGAUGCUGUAAUCAAGAAUGUGAAAAAAUUAGGAUUAAUCGCUGGAGGAACUGGCAUUACUCCAAUGCUGCAAAUUAUUAGAGCUGUCUUGAAAGAUCCCGAAGAUAAGACUGAAUUAUCACUCUUAUUUGCAAAUCAGACUGAGAAUGACAUCCUACUUCGUGACCAUUUGGAAGAAAUUUCUCAACAGCAUCCUAACGUCAAGGUCUGGUAUACCUUAGAUAGACCUCCGCAAGGCAAGUUCAAUAUUUUCAUUUCAAAUUGGCAAUAUAGCUCUGGGUUUAUUAAUGACGACAUGCUUCGCGAGAGGAUGCCAGCACCAGGGCCUAGCACACAAAUUCUGAUGUGUGGUCCACCUCCAAUGAUCAAAUUUGCUUGUUUACCAAAUUUGGAGAAAUUAGACUACAAGGAAUCGAUGUACUUUGCAUUUUAA